UCCGUGCUGUGUGGUGGUGGGUGUGCACUGCAUCCUCGAAGGUGCCGCUCCUCUCGUGACGAAAUUUUUUACAACAUCGUUUUAAGGGACUAAAACCUAAUUUUUAGUCCAGUUAUAUUAGUUAAACAUCUCGACGAAAUUAGCUUUACCUACACACAACAUGAUGACGGAGAUGACGAGGUACAAGCAACAGAUGGACGUGGAAGACGACCUCAGCAGCCUGGGCUCGGCUCGCACCGAGGACCUCUCGUCUGGCCCCACCAGAGUGAGAUAUCACAUGGGCUCGCACUGGUGGCGGGCGCGGACGCCCCUGGAGAAGCUGCUGCUGGUGGGCUUCGUGCUGCUGCUGGUGACGGUUGUGAUCCUGGCGGUGUCGGUGCAUAUGCACAACCACGCGGUGCUGCUGCAGAGCUCCUCCUUCGGGGGCAGCGGGCCCUUCAUCGCCCACGUGGGCGACACGCAGAGGGUGUGCCUCACCAGCGAGUGUGCCAUCGUCGCGGGGCGCCUGCUGGCCAACAUGGACCCUUCGGCAGACCCUUGUGAGGACUUCUACAGGUACGCGUGCGGGGGUUGGGUGUUGGCGAACCCCGCGCCCGACGGCAAGGCCUCGUGGGGCGCCCUUAGCAAACUCGCCGGCGACGCCCAGACCGUCCUGCGUGCCGCCCUCGAGGCGGACGAGAAGCCGCGCAGUGAGGCGGAGGCGAAGGCGCGUGUUUUCUACCGCUCCUGCCUGGACAAGAACAACACAGUCCAGGACCGCGGCGCUAAACCCCUACUCCUUAAGAUGAAGGAGCUGGGGUACAAGGAGUGGGGGGAGGACGUGGGGACGAAGUACGACAUCGAGAAGGAUGUCGUCAACAGCAAGAUCAACAUGAACUCCAUGGCGCUAUUCACGUGGGGCGUGGCCGAGGACGACAAGCAUUCAUCCAAUAACAUCAUCCAGUUCGAGCAGGGUGGGCUGACGCUGACGUCGCGCGAGCUCUACCUCAACGCUUCCGAGAAGACGGUGGCCAAGGCCUACCUCGAGUACAUCACCAAGAUCGGCGUGCUGCUGGGGGCUACGCCGAGCAAGGCAAAGUCGGUUGCCGAGAACAUCGUCGACGUGGAGACGCGCAUUGCUAACUUCACGGAGCCUCCCGAGCAGCGGCGCGACGUCAAGAAGCUCUACCGCAACAUGACGCUCGACAAGCUCUCGGACGUGGCCCCCUUCAUGAACUGGACGAAGUUCAUCAACAAGGCGUUUGUUGAGAUCGGGGAGAAGGUUUCCGGGGACACGCAAGUGGUGGUGUACGCGGAGGACUUCCUCAAGUCUAUCAACAACAUGAUCGUUGACCUCAACGCUAACGAGGCUGGCCGCAGGAAGCUGCACCACUAUCUCACGUGGCAGUACGUGCAGCGCUUCGUCAGCCUUCUGUCUGACGAGUUCAGGAACGCAGCGAAGGCGCUGACGGAGGCGCUGGAGGGCGUCUCGGGCGAGGAAGAGACAUGGCGUCAGUGCAUCGCUGCCACCGACGCUGCUAUGGGCCCCGCCCUGGGAGCGAUGUACGUCAGGAAGGCCCUUGACAACUCGUCCAAGAAGCAGGUGGAGGACAUGCUGUCCCGCAUCAGGAAGGCCUUCACCCGCAGCCUGCAGCGCGUCUCCUGGAUGGACGAUGUCACCCGCAAGGCCGCCCUCGAGAAGGCCAACGCCAUCCAGCAGAUGAUUGGUUACCCGGAUUACUUGCUUAACCCGAAGGAGCUGGACAAGAAGUUCGUUGAUCUCAACCUCACCGAGGACGACUUCUUCGGCAACAACGUCCGCGUCGUCGCCCUCCACACCCGCGACAACCUCAGGAAACUCUUCAAGCCCGUCAACAAAACCCAGUGGGACAUGACUCCCCCCACCGUCAACGCCUAUUACUCCCCCACCAGGAACGACAUCGUAUUCCCAGCUGGCAUCUUACAGCCGCCGCUCUUCUGGAGCAAAAAUCCCGAGUCGCUGAACUACGGCGCUGUGGGCGUCGUCAUGGGGCACGAGCUUGGGCACGCCUUUGAUGAUCAGGGUCGAGAUUAUGACAAAGAUGGAAACCUGGCCCCGUGGUGGCAGCCGACCACCACCAGGCUCUUCCAGACGCAAAUGCAGUGCCUGGUGGACCAAUACUCGGCCUACGUCAUGUCGGAGGAACACCUCAACGGCAACCUCACUCUGGGUGCGUUGGACUUGUCUUCUCAUGCUGAGCGUGUUGAAUUCUAA